UUUCUCAUUACUCACUAGAGGGGGAUAGAUGCAUUGAUCAAUAGACUUGUGUCACACCCUGGUGGCCAUUUUGGAAAACCGGUCGAACUGAAAGUGAACCGUACGCAGAAUUUAAAUUCAGUUAGAGGUGCAUCCACCAGUGGAGAAAGAGAGUUUCUGAACAUUUUCUUGGUUGCACUCUGAUCAACAGUUAACCAAGCAAGAUGCCAAAGCCAUACAAUGUGCGGGUCACGACUAUGGAUGCAGAGCUGGAGUUUGCCAUCCAGACCAGCACCACAGGCAAACAGCUCUUUGAUCAGGUCGUGAAAACUAUUGGUUUACGAGAAAUUUGGUUCUUUGGUCUACAGUAUGUUGAUAGCAAAGGUUACACAACAUGGCUCAAACUGAACAAAAAGGUCCUUAGUCAAGAUGUCAGAAAAGAGACACCCCUACAAUUCAAAUUCCGUGCCAAAUUCUUCCCAGAGGAUGUGUCAGAGGAACUUAUACAGGAAAUCACACAGAGAAUGUUCUUCCUACAAGUGAAAGAAGGCAUCUUAAAUGAUGAGAUCUACUGCCCACCAGAAACCUCCGUCUUAUUAGCUUCCUAUGCUUGCCAGGCCAAAUAUGGUGACUACGACCCAGAAAAACACAAACCUGGCUUCCUGUCCAAUGAUAGGCUCCUACCACAGAGAGUAUAUGAACAGCACAAAUUAUCAAAGGAGCAGUGGGAAGAGAGGAUACAAAACUGGUUCAGUGAACACAGAGGCAUGCUAAGGGAAGAUGCCAUGAUGGAGUAUCUUAAAAUAGCACAAGAUUUGGAAAUGUAUGGUGUGAAUUAUUUUGAAAUCAAAAACAAGAAAGGCACAGAACUUUUACUAGGUGUAGAUGCGCUUGGUCUGAAUGUUUAUGAUAAAGAAGACAAAUUAACACCUAAAAUAGGCUUCCCUUGGAGUGAAAUUAGGAAUAUUUCAUUUAAUGAUAAAAAAUUUGUCAUUAAGCCCAUUGAUAAAAAAGCACCUGACUUUGUUUUCUAUGCACCUCGUCUGAGGAUAAACAAGAGAAUUCUAGCUCUGUGUAUGGGAAAUCAUGAACUUUAUAUGAGGAGAAGAAAGCCAGAUACUAUUGAAGUCCAACAAAUGAAAGCACAAGCUCGAGAAGACAAGCUGGCAAAACAAAUGGAACGACAGAGGCUUGAACAGGAACGACAUGCACGUGAGUCUGCCGAGAAAAAACAACAGGAACUUCUAGAAAAGUUGCAGUUGUAUGAGGAGGAAAAUGCCAGGAGAGCCAAAGAACUGGAGGAUCAACAGAGUAAGAUACGAGAGCUCAAUGAUGAGAUGGAGGCCUACAAAGCUCAACAGGAGGAGCUGGAGGAACAGAGACGGAGAGCUGAUGAACUCCAGAGGCAGUACGAGGAGACCAAACACGCCUCAGAGGAGGAAAAGGCACAAAUGGCUGAGAGAUUAGCCGCGGCUCAGCUGGAGAUUGAGAGGAGUAUGGAGGUACUGAACGAGAAGGAGACGGAGAUGGGACGAUUACAAUCAGACCUGGAGUCAGCCCAGCAGGAAAGGGAGGAGAAAGAACGGGCCCUAAUGGAAGCCAUGGCAAACAUCCACGUCAAGGAGCAUGAAACCGAGGAGAAUGAUAUCGGAGAAAACGGACAGGAAUUCACUGCUGACUUGGAUGAAUAUGAGAAUGCAGCAGAAAUGGCUCGACCAGAGGAGGAACGAAUCACCGAAGCCGAGAAGAACAUCACACUGCAGAAACAGUUAGAGGCAUUACAAAAAGAACUAGAAGAAUCCAAAGAUGCCCAGAAGGCCACAUUGAACGAUGUCUUGCACGAACAAAACGUGAAACAGGGGCGUGACAAGUAUAAGACUCUGAAACAGAUUCGCAGCGGCAAUACCAAACACCGAGUGGAUCAGUUUGAGGCCUUGUAGAGAAAACCUGCAUAAAUAGGAACAAAUUUAUAUAUUUUAUUGACCAUAUCAUGUCUGUUAUGCGAGGUUUUACCUGGGCUGGGGUGUGUGUACAGUAUAUUAUGGUCUCUCAACAUAGUCUUAUGACAGGUGACACAUCAAACAUGGACAAAAAUUAUUUCAAGUUUGAUUCAACAGAUAAUUUUGAUUACUGCAGACUAAGGAGGAAUUGCUUAUAACCAGAACGUUGUAUCACCACAUGAAUAAUGGGUUGUCUAAUGUUAUUCAUUCAUGCAAUUACUUAGUACAUCAUUGUACAGGAGAACAUCAUGCAGCGAAAAUACGUCACUAUUUCUAAGCUUUAUGUUACAAAGUUUUCAUGGUUUAUUUUUAUUUUUCAUUUUAUUUCUAUGAAUGAGGUUGGAGCAAUUAACUCGGAAACAUAAGGGAGGGUGGGAUGUAAAGACAGUAGAUUUAUUUUGUAAAGUGUAACUAAAUGUAACCAGAUUGUUUAUAUUUUUUGUACAAUGUAAUGCAGUUAUGUAUCAUCUGAUGUUUGUUAGUGACUAAAGUAUUCACAAGUAUAUUUAUUUUUUUCUUUACUAGUUUUGAAAUUUUCAAUGUAUGCAGAGAUUUUUAUAUAUUCUUUGAAUGUUUAAUACCAUGGCUGCAUUUUUAAAUUAGUCACAAUGAUUAUUUAAUAGUUGGAUAAUGAAGUUUCAAAUCCAGAAAUCCAAAGAAAGCCAUCUCUUUAUAGGUCCAAUACAAGAUAUUGUAGAUGUGAUAUUAUUUUGACUCACUGGUGACCAGUUCUGACAAAAAACAACUAGUUAUAAUAUUUAAGUGUCAGUGAAAUUGUUUCAUAAAAAUGAUUUUAGAAAAUUUGUCACUUUUAAGUCAAAAAAAAAAGCUUGCCAGUUGGUCAUACAUUUAUUUUGUACUUAGAUAAAAUUUGGGGCUUAUUUCAUUCCUGUCUAUAUAUAUACUGCCAUUAUGUAUGUUUCAAGCUUUGUUUAUAGCUAUUGCACGUUUACAUGAGUUCCAUAGCAUAGCUGUUCAUUAAAUGGCGUUGAAUUGAUGCAGGGGAAAGAAAAUUUCUAUAGGAUAUCUUUAUACUGUAAGGAAAACUGGUGUUAACUUGUGAAAGCAGUGGAUUGUGUUAAUUAUGUAAUUGAAUCAUCUUCAGCAUUCCAGUCGGUCACUUCAUCUUUUACUGGUCAAGUGCUGUAGUGGUCUCUGUGUAUAUACUUCCUGAAGAUAUGUAUUGAUAUUUAUAUUUUUUUACUUAGUGGAGCACCUUGCUAGAAAAACUUGUGAUACAUUCUUGCCUGAUAUUAAAAACUUUUUUUUCUUAAAAUAAAUUUCUUUUCUAAAAGAGUCUGUAAAUAAAUUUCAACAAGUUUAAUCAGUAGAUACAUUUAUGAUGCAUUUCUGUAAUUCAGGAUACAUUUGGUGUAAUUAGGCAUUAGGAAACAUAUUUUCUUUCUUUGUGGAGCAGUUUUUCUUCUCCAGUAAUGGUAGGGUUAUUGUAUUCUUAUGAACAAGUGUCCUGUUAGUAGAACAAUCUUCUUGUGAUACAUGUAGCACUUGAUUGGAAAUUGUCUCAUACCAUCAUUUGUCAUGAUUGAAUUGAUAUAUAAUCAAUAUAUAUACUGAAUAAAAUCAUUGGACAAUGCA